UGGAGACAGGCUCUAUGAAUGUAAUCAAUGUGAGAAAUCCUUUAGCCGUGCCUCAAUGCUCACAAGACAUCAAACAGUCCACAGUGCAAAGAGGGCUUAUGAAUGUAAGGAGUGUGGGAACACUUUUAUGGAUUCCUCAGAACUGACUGCACAUAAAAGAAUCCACAGUGGAGAGAAGCCUUAUGAAUGUAAGCAAUGUGGAAAAGCCUUUAGACUGUCCUCACAGUACAGGAGACACAUGCGGACCCACAGUGGAGAGAGGCCCUAUGAAUGUAAGCAAUGUGGAAAAGCCUUUAGAACAACCUCACAUCUUAUAGCACAUAGAUUAGUCCACAGUGGAGAGAAGCCUUAUGAAUGUAAGGAGUGUGGGAAAGCCUUUAGAAGCACCUCAAACCUAAAAAUACAUAGAAUAAUCCACAGUGCGGAGAGGCCCUAUGAAUGUAAGGAGUGUGGGAAAGGCUUUCUAACAGCGUCAAACCUCAGAACACAUACACUAAUCCACAGUGGAGAGAGGCCCUAUGAGUGUAAAGAAUGUGGAAAAGCCUUUAGAACAACCGCACAUCUUAAAGCACAUAGAAUAAUCCACAGUGGAGAGAAGCCUUAUGAAUGUAAGGAGUGUGGAAAAGCCUUUAAAAGCACCUCAUACCUUAGAUUACAUAGAAGACUGCACAGUGCAGAGAAUUCCUAUGACUGUGAGGAGUGUGGGAAAGUGUUUAGAACAACUUCACAACUUACAACACAUAGAGGAAUCCACAGUGCGGAGAGGCCCUAUGAAUGUAAGAAGUGUGGAAAAGGCUUUCUAACAUCGUCAAGCCUCAGAACACAUACAAUAAUCCACAGUGGAGAGAGGCCCUAUGAAUGUAAAGAAUGUGGCAAAGCCUUUAGAACAACCGCCCAUCUUGCAGCACAUAGAAUAAUCCACAGUGGAGAGAAGCCUUAUGAAUGUCAGGAGUGUGGGAAAUAUACAUAA